UAAAUAGUUGCAUUAAUGCAAAACUGAUUUGUGGUGUCUGUUGGAAUUUUGUAAUACUUUAGAGUUUAAGCAAAUUGUGACAAAAGUGAAAGAAAUGGUUUAAUUUAUAUAAACCAGAAAAUGUAUGCUGCAUAAAUAUGUGAAUUCGUAUUGAAUUUGAAAGUGUUUUUUUCUGCUGUGUAGUGUGUAUUCUACGUGCGUAGCGAGUAUCUACUCCGGUGUUCCGAGUUGUUAAUUGUUGGCGUUCCUAUGCGGUUUUUUGUAAUUAGUGUGAAAUAAUUGCAUAUUCAGCAAUUUAUGAAUUUGUAAUGUAUAUAAUUUAAACAUAACAUAACACGAAAUCGAAAUAGAAAAAUUUCCCAUCAAUUAUUUGUAAAACGAAUGUAAACGUUCAGUUUAACGCUGUGACGAAGAUUUCAUCUCGUGCCAAUUACUGCAUUUUUGUUUUUGCCCAGACAGCAUAAUAUAAAGUAAAGCAAAAGGAUACAAUUGCAAUAUAAACGGGAGGAUCAGCAGCGGAGAGUGCCUUUAAGUGUGAGAUUUUAGGAUAUGAGAAACGUCUUCUGAUUGCCUGCCUCAAAUUGACUCCACUAAGGUUUCGUCACAUCCUCAAAAUGGCCUUAACUGUGUCAUUGCGUCGCGUAUUGCUGUUGCUGUUGAUGGCAACGAUAUUCAUAUUGAUGGUAUUGUAUUGGAAUCAAGACGGCAUGAAGCCACAAUCGUUUUUAGUUGAAAAAUCGAUGAAGCGACGAGCUGAUGUUAAUACGCGACCGCCAAUACCUGACGAAAAACUCUGGACCUACAAAUGCGAAAACGAGCGCUGCGUGCGACACACGUAUCCCACGAAUGAUGGUGGCGGCGCAGCAAGCGAUCGUCGUAUACCAUUCAUGACAUGUGCCAUGACUUGCGGCGAAGUCAAUAUUUGGCCGCAUCCAACAAUAAAGACUGCCAUUAGUUCGGUAUCGCUGAAAUUCACAAUGGAAGAUGUGCAACUGCGCAUGGAUACACCACACAGCGCUAUUGAAACGCAAUUCAAGCAAGCAUUCGCCUAUUUUCUAAGCGAUCUGCGACGCAUACAACGGCUACCAAGUGCGGAAGAGAGCACCGAGAGCGUGGCUGGAGGUGCAGCCGUAGCGGUUGGUGGUGCUGAACGAGCAGCGGCUACCGAGCAGAAUCAUCUAAAUCCGCAACAGCAACAACAAUUCCAACAACAACAGCAACAACAUCAUCGUAGUCGCGCACGACGUGACACAUCGCACGCUGACGCACUUGCAGGCGCUGCUGCUGCCGGCGUUGGUGAUGCGGAGACGGCGGGUGCUUAUCAUCAUCGGCACAAGCGUCGUCACAUCGACAUCGGCAGAGCGUUGGGCAACACUUUGGCGGACAAGAUGGCACCGGCGGCUAUUCUGAGUAAUGUCUUCAACACACGUCGCCACUGUGACGUGGACACGCUGCUCGUGCAGGUGGAAGUGCAUAAAUCGGGUGACAUCAAUUUGAGUUUGGACACCGAUGAGAGCUACAAACUAUCCGUUGCACAUGAACGUCGCACCGUUAACAUCCACAUAACAGCAAAUUCAUUCUUUGGCGCACGCCACGCCCUCUCCACACUACAGCAAUUGAUUUGGUACGACGAUGAAGAUAAUCUACUGCACAUACUCUCGAAGGCCAUAAUUAUAGAUACACCCAGAUUUCGCUAUCGCGGUCUUAUGUUGGACACAUCGCGUCAUUUCUUCUCGCUGGAGGCGAUUAAACGCACAAUUGUCGGUAUGUCACAUGCGAAGCUGAAUCGCUUCCAUUGGCACAUAACCGAUUCGCAGAGUUUCCCCUAUGUAUCGAAGAAUUUCCCCGAAAUGGCUAUACACGGCGCCUAUUCGGAGCAUGAAACCUACACAUUCGAAGAAGUGCGAGAGGUGGCGGCAUUUGCGCGCGUACACGGCGUGCAGGUCUUGCCGGAGAUCGAUGCGCCAGCGCAUGCGGGCAACGGCUGGGAGUGGGGACCAAAACGUGGCCUUGGCGAUUUGAGUUUGUGCAUAAAUCAACAACCGUGGAGUUUCUACUGUGGUGAGCCGCCAUGCGGGCAAUUGAAUCCUAAAAAUAAUAAUACUUAUCUGGUGCUGCAACGCCUAUAUGAGGAAUUAUUGAAUGCCACCGGACCGACGGAUUAUUUUCACCUCGGCGGCGAUGAGGUGAAUCUGGAAUGUUGGGGUCAAUACUUCAAUGACACCGAUUUGCGUGGAUUGUGGUGCGAUUUUAUGCUCAAUGCAAUGGCGCGCUUAAAGAUCGCCAAUAAUAAUGUGGAGCCGCGCGUGGUGAGUGUGUGGUCCAGCGGUCUGACCAACACCAAAUGUCUUCCAAGCAGUCGUGUGGCUGUGCAGGUAUGGGGUGGCAGUACGUGGCAAGAGAAUUACGAUCUCAUUGAUAACGGUUUUAAUGUGAUAUUCUCGCAUGUGGAUGCCUGGUAUUUGGAUUGUGGAUUUGGCAAUUGGCGUUCAACUGGUGAAGGUGCAUGCUCGCCGUAUCGCACAUGGCAGAAUGUCUACAAACACAGACCAUGGGAGCGCAUGCGUCUCACUAAAGCGCAGCGAAAGCAGGUAUUGGGCGGCGAAGUUUGCUUGUGGACGGAACAAACCGAUGAGUAUCAAUUGGAUAACCGAUUAUGGCCACGUGCUGCUGCGUUAGGCGAGAGGUUAUGGAGCGAUUUGGAUGAUGAUCGCGAGUUCGAUGUUGUGCCACAGGACGUGUUUAAGCGUAUGUCCGUGUUUCGCAAUCGACUGGUCGAGCUGGGCUUAGAAGCGGAGCCAAUAUUUCCUAAAUUCUGUGCGCAACACCCAGGCGAAUGCAUUUGAUAUUACUACUAAACGCCGAACCUAAACUGCAUUUGUACAUAUGUAUGUACGCGUAUAUACGCAGGUAAAUAAAACAAAAUUAGAAUUACUCAGUUUGGAUCGAUUUGUGCCUAAACAGUGUAAACAACAUAUUCAAGCCGGAGUUGUCUAAAUUUUAUUCACUUUUUUUAUAUUUUGAUUUGCAAUUAUUAUUUUUAUUUUGUUUUUUGUUAAAAACUUACUCGAUUGAUAUUAAUGCUAGCAUAAGAUUAAUAAAAUUAGUCAAUGUAUAAUAUUGCUGUAUAGCUGGAAAUUUAUAAAGCUAAGCUGUAACGUUGCAAAAGGCGGGAGAGAGGCAUAGAGCAGUUUGUUAGAAGCAUGAAGAAAGACGCCUUUGAGGAAAAUGAUUGAUAUUUAUAUAUGUAAUUUGAUUUUUUUUUAACAACUAUUAGUGCAAUUGUUUUGUAUUUAACUUAGGUAUUUUUUAUUUGAAACCAAUAUACAUACAUACUAUAUACAAUUAUAUUUAUAUUUUUAGCAUUUUAUUACAAACUGUUUAAACAAGUUCGCAAAUCCUUUGGCUUUCCAAAAACAAUCCAAUGUGUUGUGCACCAUAUUUACGCACAUACAUAAAUGCAUGUAUAUUAUGUUCAAAACAAGUGAAAUGUACUCAUUAAUUAUUUGCUACAUUUUUAAGCUGCAGAAAGACAAACGUUUUCGAUAAGUCCAUAAUGAUUUUGAUUUUCUUCUUCAUUUCAUAUAUUAUAUAUAUAUUGUUUGAAUAUUUUGUGUUGCAUAGUAUGCAUGAGCGUUGUUUGUGAUAUGAUACAUACCCAGUACAUACAUACCAACAGGUCCACCCCAUAAUUUCUUUGUACAAAAUAAUAUUUUCAAAAUAUCAGCAAAAUAAUACUAAAUUAAUGAUUUGUCUGUGUGUGUGUUCUAAUGACGUUUAUUAGCUGCAUAUAACUCAAAAAAUGCAAGAACAUAACCUCAAAAACUCACACAAUUUUUUAGGCCAAUGCAACAAAUGUUCUACCAUUUUAAUUAUUUUUCAAUAUACGCCCUUAUCGGCUAUUGUCGCGUUCAUAAAUGCUGAGAAUAACGACUUGUAACUAAAAAAACAAAAAAAAAAACAAAAAAAAAUAUUUAAUAAAUAUUAGCAUAAAUUGUUUAAAAUGGGGAAAGCUACUAGUUUUAAGCGAUUUUUAGUGAUACAAUGUGACCUUAUUUGGAAAAAAUGAAAGUAUGACACAAACAAAAGCAAGAAAAAAAACAUAAUUAAUAAAUUAUAAUACUAAUAACACUGACAUUAUCGUAUCGUAUAAACUAAUUGAAUUACGUUUAUGCAACAAACGGUAGUUGCAAAGUUAAAGCUUUACGCAUAUCAAAAAGCUUUCAUUUUCACUGAAAAGUCGGAAGUCAUGAGAAUUAUCAUUUAAUUCAAAAAUAAAUACUUGAAUGCAAAUUACUUAACUCUCACUGGUAUUUUAGCUAAUAAAUUAAAAUAAAAAAAAAAUAUUUGAUAAUUAAAAACGAAAUUUAUCUACCGUCAAAUGUCCGUUUAAACAUUUUCGCAAUAUCUUAUGUAAUUAUGUUUUUGUUUUUCGAAUGCCUAUUCCAGUUAGUUUUAUUCAUUAUGUUCAUAGGUAGGUUUCGGUGGCAUUUACUGGCCACAAUAUGUCUGCAUGUUUGUUUAGCACUAUACAUAACCUCAAAUAUUAUUUUACGUAGCUUUGCAUAUAAUGACAGUAAUGAUAUUAAUUAAAAACAUAAAUAAUAAUAUGCUCAUAAGUAAAAAAAAAAAUGAAUAAUAAAUAAUAAUUAAAUUAUAAAAAUAAAAUUUAUAAUAUUUAUGAAAUAAGUUUAAUAUUUAAGUACUGGUUAUACAAAUUGACUUAUGUAAAAUUUGUACGUACAAAAUAUGUGCGAAUUGUAUAAUCUUAGGCAGUCGGAUAUACAGUGACACUGUUUUCUUUUUUUAACAAACGAUAAAUUGUAAUUGUAGUUGAUUAAUAAAGAAAGUACUUAUUGAAAAGAGAAA